UAAGAAAUUUUUUUGCCGCAAGCCUCUACGAUGGAUAGGCUCCCAGCACCUCGCAUUCUUUGUUGGCCACCCUGUACAGCGAGAGCGAAAAUAGUGAGAAAAGUGAAUGUUUUCAAUAAAAAGUGAGUAAAACUGAGAUGGAUCGAAAAAAGUGGGAAAAAGUGGGUCGCAGGCAUCCCUGUGUAUGGCCAGCUUUAGCUAAGUGCCAAAUUGGGAAUCAAGAUAAAAGUUCGGCUCUUCAUGUUUGCUGUGUGAGUUGUCACGUAAAUUUAGUGCAGUGGAUGUAUCGCAAGAAAAAUUCUAUGCCGUUUGCUGUUCCUAUGGUGUGGAAAGAACCUACUGACCAUGAAAAUUUGGGUGCAGUAAGUGACGAACAAGGAGAGAGGUUUCACCAGGACAUCAGGACGAUGGAAACAAGAUACCAGGGACGCUGAAACUCAUCUAUCAUGGGCGACUACUGUUGAUUUUUAACAAGGGAUGAUGCUACAGAACAUAAAAGGAAAAAGUAAACGUUUUUGUCGCUGUAUCAGAUAUAUUGUGCCAUAUAUUUUGUAUUCACAUAACAACCAAUCCUCAGUAAUGUUUUUGCAUAGAUCCCACAUGUUUC